CUCGCCAACGUUUACUGAAGGCGCGGUGUUCACCUGGACAGCAUCUCGGACCCUCACUGCUCCUGGUUAUGAAGCCGCCCGCAAACGCCCUCAAACAUGUCAAAUCGAUGGCGCUUCCGUCGCCGCCCCAGCAGGAGAAGGGCGCCCCCGCCGCGUCCUCCUCCGCCGCCGCCGCCGCCGUGACCCGCUUGGAGCCGCUGGCCCUUGCGUGGGCACUGUGGCUCAAGCUGAGGACGGUCGUGUCGCAGGUGUCGGUAGAACCCGUGAUGCUGCUGGACGGCCUCGGGUUCUCCGUUAUGAUCGUGUACGUGGAGAACCUGCAGAUGGACAAGAUCUGCCGCGUGAACCUCAACUACACGGAGGAGAUGUGCGAGAACCUCUCCCGCUACCCGGAGGAGAACCUGAAGCUGCAACAAUCGUUCAGCAUGUUCGGCAUGUACAACGGCAUCAUCAUGGCAUUCAUUCCGCUGUUCUUCAUCCUGUUCAUGGGCGCGUGGAGCGACAAGUACGGGCGGAAGGUGCCCCUCAUCAUCGCCAUCAUCGGCCACUUCUGCUGGGCGGCCGGCUACCUCAUCAACUCCUGGAUGCCCGACUGGCCCGUCGAGUACAUUCUGGUCGCGGCGCUCAUGGACUCGCUCGGCGGCGGCAACGUGUCCUUCCUCACCACCGCCAACGCCUACAUCAGCGACGUCACCUCUGAGGAGACGCGGACGUCGCGGGUGGGCUUCGCCAACAGCAUCUGGUUCCUGGGCGGCCCCAUCGGCACGCUGCUCGGAACCUACAUCUACAAGUACGGCGGCUACCAGAUCCUGUUCGGGACUUCGGUGCUCAUGUACGCCGUGUCCCUCGUGUACCUCUUCUUCCUGCCCGAGAGCCACGGGCCCUUCAAGAAGACCAAGACCGAGAGGACCGAAGCCUACGACACCGACCAACAACCGCAGACGGCGCCGAGCAAGGACUCUCCCGAAGCCGAGAGCGAGAAGCCGGAGAGCGACGGCGAGGAAAUCACGGCGUGGAAAAUGGUGUGCGAUUUCUUCAGCUACGACCGCAUCGUGGACUCAUUCCGGUGCACAUUCAAGGCGCGCGGGGGCAUGGUGAGGGCCUUCAUCCUCCUGCUGAUCCUGUGCAACCUCCUGCGACGCCUGGGAAGAGGAGCUUACAUGUACCUUUUCACGAGGAAGGUUCUGCACUGGAGGGCCACUGAUUACGGCCUCUGGGUCACCUACAAGAACCUGAUUUUCGUCCCAGGUUCUUUGGUGGCCGUCCCGCUCCUCUCCUCCGGACUGGGUGUGUCGGACAACUACCUGGCCAUCUUGGGCGCGACCGCCUCCGUGUGCGACUACAUCUUGUACGGCCUCGUGUCGGAAGACGUGGCGUUCCUCGUCUGGGUCGCCCCAGCCGCUGCGAUUCUGGUGAAUUCCUGUGUCAUUGCGAUUCGCUCGAUGCUCUCCAAGUUCGUCAUGGGAGAUGAACUGGGCAAAGUGUCAGCUGUCAUGGGCGCCCUCGAUGGAGUCAUGCCCAUGGUCAGCUUCUCCCUCUACACUGCAGUUUAUCACGCCACAGUCCACGUGUUUCCCGGCGCUCAGUUUUUCUUCGGGGCCUCCGCGAACCUGCUCAUGACUAUAAUCUUUAUAUUCAUCAUCAUAUUCACGACGAGCAAGAGCUACAGCAUCAAGGACCUGCACGAGACGGAGAGCAAGGGCGCGGUCCGGCCGACGUCCCUGCGGUUCUUCAGCGAGCACCUGAACCACCACCUGCAGCCAGGGCGAGAGGUGAGCGACCCCGACACCCAGCGCACCGCCAUGGUCCUCUCCGGCGUGAAUUUCCACAUCGCGACGCCCCGGCAGGAGAAGAGAAAGCUGGGGCGGACCCAGGUACGCCGCGACGCCCCCAAAGAAGUGGUCCCGAGCCACGCGACGAAGAAGCUCACGGACGCCGACAUGAAGAUCGUGCAGGAGGAGCUGACCUUCCCGCAGAGAAGGUCGUCGACGCAGAGGCCCCCGCAGCCGGCCAGGAGGGCGCUGGAAGGGGUCGACAACCCUUCUUACAUUGAGACGGAGCCGAACGAGCGCGACUGCCGAAGGGCGGACGACACCGCGACCUCGAGGGCGGAAAACCCCACGUCCCCCGCGAGCCAAAGGGGGACCACGACGGCGACCCAGUGAAGCGCGAGUGCCUUGGCCUUUCACUGGCUCGAGUUGUGAGGUUACUUAUGUACCGACUACUACCUUUUAAUAUACUUCAUGAGUCUGAGGGAGUUGGUUCGUCCUGUGAUAAGUAACUAGUUUAACCUGUGGUACGUUGUAGUGCCGCUGUCUAUACACAAGUACUUACGAUGAUGAAGCAGCCGUCUUUACUUUCUUGAAUAAUCGUGCAGUGCAAUGAAAACUGUUACUUAUGAGUUAAUCACCGUUACAAGGGUGAAGCAUUGGAUUAAUCUGAAACUUCGAACUGAACAAAAGUAAGUGUUCAAAGUUUUGAACAAGUUCCACGUGGCCCAUUUGGCCCAACCUUCUGUCCGUCCAUUCUCCUUUUUUUCGUUCUACUUUUUCCUCCACUUCUCCUUUCUGCUCCUACCUCUUUCUCUCGAAAUAAUGCUCCCUUUGCGGAGUGGACGCAAGAGCGUUCAAUAACCUCACUACUGAACAAGUUUCCAUCCCUUGGCAUAGAGUAGAAUACCCUAGUUUAUCAACGCUUUUGUGGUGGUGGAGGAGUUGCAAGGAGUGUCCAAGUCGCUAGAACAUUAGGUUUACACGCUCUAUUUAUUAGCCAGCGGUUCAAGGGAUAGACCUAAAUUAAGGAGAAAAAAGUAACCAGUAACAGAGAAGAAUAGAGGACUUGUCUGGGCCUUUCAUUUCGACACUCAGCGUGGAGACAAAUACAAAAAAGAAAAAAAAAGGUGUCUCGUGUGAUUAAGCCAAAGUAACGCACCGAAGUCUAGUCAUGUCUGGGAUUUCUCUGAAGUGUAGCUGAAGGUGCAAAACGAUUACAAAAAAAUGAGUGUGUAUAAUUGAGAUUCGUGGUGCUGAUACUUUGUCUGAUAGAUGGGUAGAGUGUGUAUGUUUGAUAGGAAGAUAC